UAGCAAUUUCCUUUGGGCUUUGGGCUCUCAGUUAUCACUCGUAUUUGUUAAUUUCUCGUGCCUUUUUCUUUUCCCCUUACUCAACCUAAACGACGACCACUGCGUUUUCAGUUUCAGCACCCAAAAAAACCAUGGUUCUUCUGCAGCUAGAUCCGUUUCUCAAUGAGCUUACCAGCAUGUUUGAGCGCAGCACCAAGCUUGGCUCUGUUUGGGUUACUCUUAAACGAUCAUCUUUGAAAUCUAAGGUGCAGAGGAAUAAAUUGGCCACUGCUGGUGAAGCAAUUGAGUAUAGAUGCCUUAUACGUGCCACUGAUGGGAAAAAGACAAUUUCUACUUCGGUUGGACCAAAGGAUCAUCAGCGCUUUCAAGCUUCUUAUGCAACUAUAUUAAAGGCGCAUAUGACUGCUCUAAAGAAGAGAGAAAGGAAAGACAAGAAGAAGCCUGCAGAGGCAGAUAAAAGAGAAGGGAGUUCAAAGAGACCAAAAAAGUCUUAAAAUAAUCUGCCUUUUGCGCCUGAUGUUCUGCUCAAACUUCGUUUCCUACUGAUUCUGUUUAUGUUUCCCCCAAUUUUUUUUUUUCAUUAGUAAAAUGUGAUAAAUGAAGGUGAAGGGGAAAAGAAGUGAAGGGAAAAUUGAAAUAUUCUUGGAUUUUAAUCUUUAGAAAAAUAUUCAUUGAAGUGGCAAUUUGAGAAAAUUUUCUCAGUUCCCCAGUUGGUUAUAAAAUGAAUCUUCAGGAUAUAUUUCUUUUCCCCAAUUUAUUUAUUGCAUGGUUAAGCACAUUCUGAGUUCAUAUUCUGGCAGCAAAAUUCUUGCUGAACCAUUGGGUUUCUUGCUUCAGGUGUAUAGCUACUGCUAAAAUAGAAUGGCUACUCUGAUUGACAUAAUUUUUUUUUUAUAUAAUAGAGUUACUUUGUUUGACUGCAA